AUGCAGCACAAGAAGUUCGCCCUCCUCCUGGUGAUACCGCUGCUCGCUCGGGCGUGCCUGCGAACCGGCGGAGGUGGGGGCGGCUCGACCGCACAGAACUGCCCCGCAAUUGCUGGCGAAGUCCUUCUUGCGGGCGAUUUCGAGUCGCAAAGCUCCUUCUACGGCGCUGUUUCUCCAGUCGGUGAGUAUUUCAGCGAUGUACCAGUAUUUUCAUGAAGUCGGUAGACUUUUCGUGGCCGCAUAGUGCAAAAACCAGAAAACGGUGAAAUGCACGGUGCAAAGUUGGUUUUUCGGUGCAGUGCGCGACAAAUGUCCAUACACUUUAUGAAAAUGCAUGCACCUGUCUUCUGACGUUGAUUUCGAAAAGAAAAUCCCAUCUUCAACUUGCAGGUACCUGCGCGACUUGUGCGGCGGGCCAAGGCCGCUACUAUCCCGACUCGGGAAUUGCGACGCCCGAAGCCCAGGACGAGAAAGCGAUUGGUGGCACGGGGAACGCGCCCACCAACUGCGCCAACCUUUGCGUGUGCAACGCGCAAGGCACCUGCUAUGUGCGCAGCGAUAACAACGUGAACGUGGCGCUCUACCCCUACUGUAACGGUAGGUGAUUGUAGUAUAUACAGGGUGACAAAUAAAAAAUGCAACUUUUUUUCAUGGGUCCUGCCGCGAAAAUGUUUAGGUGUAGCGAAAUAUUUUUUAUACCAUUAAAUUCUCCGUGUUUUUCUGUCCUAGUCUUUUGAUUUUCAUGCCCAUAUCGAUUGAUUAUCAUCUUUGUAUUGAGUGUCAAACAGAGGGACCUCGAUUUUAAACCUGUCUCGGGAAGAAAAAGGACAGUGUGAGAUUGCUAAACUGCUCGGUGUAGGAAAAUCUGCUAUGCCAAAAGCCACCAAACGAAUCCACGAGCUUGGCCACGAUGUUAAGUGUCCAGGAAAUAGAAGAAAGCGCAUCUUGAACACUUCUGGCAACUUUGAGAUCAUCAAAAAGCGAGUGAAGCAAAAUCUGAUGGUGUCCAUGAAAAAGAUUGCCCGGCAGACCGUCAUCAACACAACAGCUGGUCGAUGAAUGGCCAGUAAUGCACCAUAGCGCAAGCCUAACAAGCUCCAAAAGACCUAGCGCCUCACGGAACACUACAAGCAAGUACGGCUCAAAAAAUGUCGAAAACUCAAGCGUCGCGCCGCAGCUCAGCGAUGAGAGAAGGUCCUGUUCGCGGAUGAGAAGUAUUUCAACAUCGAGCAGGCCUACAACCACCAGAAUUGCAGGAGUUGGACUGUUGAGAGUCAAAAACCGUCCGCCAUUUUUGAACCCAGUAAAAAUCCGACCUCUCAUGGCCUGGGGCAAAGUCUUGCGCCAGCGGCGUGAUAUCCUUGGUUUUCCUUGGUUUUCUUGGAUAAAGGGGCCAGAACCAAACCGAUAAGUCUACCAGCGACAUUUUGUACACCAUCGUGAUUCCGUGGGCUCAGUAGCACUUUGGCGGUUCAAAACAGACACCGUAGCAUGAUUCCCCCAUCAGCUAUAAAGCAAAAAAGACGCAAGGCCAGGAAAGGACCUGUUUUCCCGAUUUUAUGUGGUCUGCGAAAUGGCCGUCUACUCGCUGGAUCUGAAUCCGGUGGACUAUGUUUUUUGUUGAGUUAGAAGCCAGGACCUCUAGUUCACGCCAAAAAAGUUUGGAGCCGCUAAUUGAUUGCUGCGGUAAGAACGGAACCGAUUUCCCCAAAAAAAGCUUCGGCGAAUCGGCCAAAAUUUAAAGUCACGUUUUGAGCUCUAUCUCGGGGCCAAGAACAGCCACCUUAAAACUGGUCGAGCAUACUAUUAACAAUGCUCUAUGUUACUGAUAUCCACCGUUACUUUGGUUAAGUUUGGUGUUUUAGACAAAAUAUGGCCAUAAAUAUGAGUUGCAUUUUUUCUUUGUCACCCUGUAUUAUACAUAGUAGUAUAUAUUAAACAUAUACCUUGAAAGUCCACAAGAAGCCGGACGGUUCCUCAUCAACUAUUAUAAAUCGCAAUUUCAGCGGGCGUUUGCCAAGUGUACGCGGUGAUUGUGAACCAGAACCCGGGCGCGGGCCUGGUCCCCACCACCGGAGGGGCGGUGAUCUCGGGCGACAACCAGGUCGACGCCAACCUCGACCCACUUCCUGUCACGUCGGGCGCGUAUCCGACCGUCACGUACGCCAGUUGUAACGGCUGCCCGAACGGCCCCACAACGUGUGGAUAG